UUUUCUUUUUUCUCUAGAUUUCUCUUGUUAACAAACACCAGGCAUCAUGAGCAAACCCUGUUUUGCUUUGGUAGCUUUGCUGGCGGUUAUUGCCUUUUCUGAAGUUCAAGGAAUCCAGAAAUAUCUUGGAUAUCCUUGGUAUUUGAAUGGGAUAUUACCGCCUAGCUCUGGACCGGCCUCGGAUGUUAAUCAAAAGUAUAAACCAAUACGUCCCGUAUCACCACUCUGGUGGAAAAGUAAUGGAUUGUUUCCUCUGCGAGGAGAACCAGAAUUGAAACCUAAACCUAAACCAGAAUAUAGACCUCAACUGCCACCUUGGUGGAUGAAAAAAGGGAUCUUGAUUCCAGGAAGUCAACCAGAAUGGAAACCUAAACCAGAAUAUAGACCUCAACUGCCACCUUGGUGGAUGAGAACAGGGAUCAUCAAUUCAAAAGUUAAAUCAGGAUGGAAACCUAAACCAGAAUACAAACCAACGUUUCCAAUACCAGAGAAUUGGUUGAGAGGGAGAUAUUAUCCGAAAAGUGAACCAGAAUGGAGACCAAGAAUAGGUAUGUAUACAAAGUUCUAA